AUGUCGUGGAUAAUCGAAGAAAGUGACAAUGCAUCUUCAGCCAUUAACAUACAAGGUAACAGCGUUACAAGUUGCAAAGAAGGUGAUUAUGGCAGUCCAAUCCAUGUUCUUUGGAAUGAGCCAGCUGAGAAAUCGGGAUUAUAUUAUUGGCAAAUUGAAUUUUCACAAUUAGAUGAAUAUGGAAUUGUAAGUGUUGGUCUAACCACGCAGAACGAUUUCAAAGGGGGCUAUGAUUUGAAGGCGAUGCAAUAUAAUGCUAACUUAACUAACGGUAUUUAUGCGUUGGUUGGCACAUUUGGUAGUUCUAUUAAACAAGGUGACACUAUUGGCAUUUUGCUUAAUCUGACUGACAGUGAAAUGAAAAUGUAUUUGUUUCAUAACGGCCAACCAUUAGGUCUGGCAUUCCAUGUACAAGCUCCGUUUACAAAACCCUUGUUUCCAGUCAUCAGCUUCUAUGGAAACGGUAAAGCUACAAUCGUUCGAUCAGAAGAAAUUCCAACAUCGCUCGAUCGACGACAGGAACAGUUCAAAGGCAUGGAAGGUCACUGGAAACUGAUUGACUACCCAGAACACAAACAAAUAUUUGUGCCAGAUACAAUAAUUGAUGCCUAUGCUGCUUGUCCUGAAGUGUUUUAUCCAAACAUGAAAGUUUUAUUGAAAAUCUGUACAAUUCUACCAAUGAUAACAGUAACUACAGAACAAACAUUCUGUGUCCUCAAAUUACUGAAGACUUAUUUACGUUCGACCAUGUUGAAAAUAAGACUUCAUGGAUUAGCUAUGAUGUAUAUUUAUCGAGAUUAA